AUGGAGAAUAUGGGGAUUAACUUUAUGCAGAAAGUAAUCUCAACUGAGAAGAAGAAUGUGGAUAAUGUAAGUGCUCCGGGUAUGCUGUCUGAUAAAAUGCCUGAUCAGAAGAAGGCAGUGGAUGGGCAGCAGAAAACUGUAAAACAAAAUAUGCACCCGAUUGUUGUCAGUAAAAGAUUUGAUGUCCUGCUUAAUGAUAUUGGAGAAGAACCCGUGAAUAACAAUGAGGAGGCUGAUAAGUCGAAGGACUUGGUUACUCACUGCAUUGGGGAGACUGAUGGGGCUGGAGAUAUUGGAAUGAAUCUGAAUGAUUCAGAUUUAAUGUAUGUUGGUGUGGGUUCUCAAUGUGGGGGCAAUAAGAUUAAACUUGCCAAAGAGUUAAGAUCUUUGGGACCUCUUAAAAUAGGACAUAAGAAGAAGAAAAGGGAUGGAAGGGUGAGUUCCAUGGGGGCUAGGAAGAGGGAGGCCGCCUUGUAUUUGAAGGAGAUGGUUAGAGAGCAGGAUGUUUGUUUUAUUGGUCUCUUGGAGACUAAGAUGACUUAUAUUGGUAGGAGGGAGGUUGAUUACCUCAUUGGGAAUGAUUGGAAAUUUUUUCAUGUUCCAACUGCUAGUCUGUCAGGUGGAAUGUUGGUGCUGUGGGAUAAGAAGAGUGUGUCGUUUGUAGUCAAGGAUACUUCUUCUCAAGUGAUUAUGGGGGAUCUACUGAUUCCAAGCUUGGGUUCAUGGAAGAUUGCCACGGUGUAUGGAAGUCGUUGUUGCAAAGAAAGGGAGGAUCUUUGGAGACAGCUUGAAGAGGGCAUGAAGGAUUCUAAUCCUUCUAUCAUUUGUGAGGAUUUCAACUGCAUUUUGAACAAGGAGGAGAAGAGAGGAGGUAAGAGGUUCUUAUUUUUCAAAGGACCAAGAGAUAUGAAACAGUUUAUGAAAAAUUCAGAUUUUCAUGAUGUAAGAAGCAUUGGACCAAGGUACACUUGGUGUAACAACAAAGAAGGAGCCUCUCAGAUAAGGGAAAGAUUGCACAGGUGUUUGGUGAACUCGGUUGCUCUUCAAAGAAUUCCUUCAGCUCUUACUAGGCACCUAGCAAGAGUGGCAUCAGAUCAUAGUCCAAUUGCUUUUAAAUUGGAUGAGAGGAUAUGUCCCAAGAUGAAGAAUAUCAAAUUUGAGGAUAUAUGGAGGUCCUAUCCAGCGGCUAGAAGCAUUGUGUAUCAUUCUUGGAAGAAGAAUGAUUUUGGUGAUAAAAGUCAACAUAAAGAUGUGCAUAAUAACAUUCAGGAGGAAGAUGACGAAAUUGAGAAGAUUUUUAUUAAAUUCUUUGAAGCUAAAUGGCAAUCUAGAACCUGUGAGCUAUCAAGUUGGCCGGUGGUAUCAGAAAACCAGAAACUGAGCCAGAGAGAAGCUGCUGAUCUGAGCUCUGAAUUCACAUUGGCUGAAUUACAGGUUUUGGUAUUUCAGCAAGGAAAUAAUAGAUCUCCAUGUAUGGAUGGAGUCACUUCAUCUUUUUAUAAAUGCUAUUGGGAUAUUGUGUGGAAAACUUUAUGGGAAGCUAUUAAUUGCUUCCUAAAUUCUGGUCAUAUGAGCAGAAAUUGGAAGAAUACUCUAAUAGUUUUUAUUGCUAAAAUCAAAAACCCUUUAACUCCCUCUAAUUACAGGCCGAUUAGUUUAUGCCAGAUUAAUUAUAAAAUUGCAGCCACUAUUCUAGUUAAUAGAUUGAAGAAAUGUAUUUCCAAAUUGAUCACUGAAGAGCAAAUGGCUUUUAUGCCGGGAAGGUCUAUCUCUGAACAUUGCUUGGUGGCUCAAGAGAUCUUUCACAAGUUUAAAAUUUCCAAGAACAAGAAGGGUUUGAUGUUUCUGAAGUUAGACAUGGAACAUGCAUAUGAUAGCAUGGGAUGGCCUGCACUUGAUCAAAUUCUUAAAUGGUAUGGAUUCCCUUGGUUAUUUUCUAAACUUCUCAUGGAAUGUGUUGUAGGUGUGAGAUUUUCCAUCAUUAUUAAUGGGAAAAAUUCUAAGUGGAUUGAUGCUCAAAGUGGCUUUCGUCAAGGAUGCCAACUCUCUCCAUAUCUCUUCAUCAUGUGCUUCCAGUUGGUUUCUAAUUCUAUUGAGCAGAAGGGACAUGAUCUUGGUAUUAGAGUCUCUCCUAGAGGCCCUAGGAUUACACAUCUUCUCUAUGCAGAUGAUGUGUUAAUCUUCUCUCAUGCAUCCAUUUGGUUAGCCAAAGCCUUGAAGAAGAUAGUUGAAGAUUUUUGCAAAUGGACGGGCCAAAGGAUAAAUGUCAGUAAAUCUCAGAUUCUUUUUGGUAAGGUAGUUGGAUAUCCAACUAAGAAGAAGAUUGCUAGGUUUUUUGGCUACAAAAUUGUGAAGGAGAUGAGCUACUUAGGGAUUAAGUUGUCCCUUAAUAGGUUGAAGAUGGUUGAUUUUCAAGAAGUUUUGAGCAAUGUCAUGGAUAGGCUCAAAACAUGGGGCAAGAAGACAUUAUCUUUGGGAGGUAAGAUUACUCUUAUUUCUAGUUCGUUGUUGUCUAUGCCAAACUUUUUAGUAACACAUUCAUUAGUUCCUAAAAAAGUGUUGUAUGAGGUGGAGAAACUUUAUAGAAAUUUUCUAUGGCAUAAAUCGGGUGGAGAGCUUAGUAUGCAUUAUGUGGCUUGGGAAGAUCUGUGCAAACUGAGAAGUAUGGGAGGGAUGGGACUUCAAUCUCCUAUUAUGAGGUACAAAUAUGGAGAUGAUUUAAUGAAUGGAGCACAAAAGAAGGUAACAUCAAAUGCAUGGAAAAUUUUACUUCAUGGGGGAAGACAGCUGCAGAACAUAACCAAAUGGGCCAUUGGCAGUGGAACUAAGAUCAACAUAUUAAAUGAUAUCUGGGUGUUGGACAAGUGCAUUAACAGAUGGCCUACAUCGGUGGAUUGUGUAGUGUUGGAAGGGAUGAAUCAAUAUUCAGAUCAACCCUGGGAUGGAGGAUCGGAGGGAGCUGCUGAGAAUGUACUUGGGAUUGAUGUGGAUCGUUCUUGUGCUAGAGGCUGUAAUGCUAAUGAGAGCUAUGAACACAUUAUGGAGCUAAGAAGGUUGUCUUCUCAGAAUCUCGUCAUUGUUAAGAUUUACUGUACUAUUAUAUAUCUUUCUUGGAGGAAAAGAAACUGUGUGAAACAUGGCAAAUCUGCAUUGCCUCCUUCGAUGGUAGCUUCUAAUGCUUUGGCUUUGGCCAGUAAUAAAGAUAGUCCAUCUCAUUGUGCUGGAGUUGGUGGAGUUUUCAGAGAUCAUAAGGGAAGGUUUAUUCUUGCAUUUGGGGAAAACAAAGUCCAUUGGGACAUUCCCAAACUUGAAAUGGAGGUUGUUUUCUCGGUUACGGAGUACAUUAGGAGUUGGAUGCUUGAGUACAAAGGGGUGAUUAUAGAGAGUGACAACCUCAAUGUGGCCAGGUGGCCUUCAGAGGAUUCUUUCCAUUCAGGAUUCUUUCAAAAAGAAUAA